UAUGCUAAAAGGGGAGGGGUGCCAAAGGUAACUAAUUUUUCGUUACAAAUACUUCUCUACUAUUUGAAUUUUUUUUAUCUUCUUAAAUUUAGAAAAAUGCAAACUGUUCAGUGAACCAGAAGAAAAGAGCAGGUGUACAUGAAAGCAGGGGGAUGAGGGAGCCAUGGAGAUAGGAGGUACUGGCCACGGAAUGGGACUCUGGAGCAUAUUAUCUGUGUGUGGAAUCACAAAGUACUAACUCUUCAGAGGAAUAGCUGGAAUCUGGUCCUACCUUGCCAUUGUUUACAGGGGAGAAAAUAGUCCUGAGAUUCACUCAGCUUAGCAGCAGCUGAACCAAAACAAAACCAACCUUUUCUGAUCUCCCUGCUCAGUGCUCUGUUGGCCAUGCUUCUUCCUGAGCACUUGAGACUUCAGAAUUUCCUGUUGUCCCAGCCAGGCUCAUUGUUGAGUGUGCCGGGCCAUGCUUCCUACACCUCAGUUCUUCCCAGUGCAGAGUGUGUGGGUGCAUAUAGAGGCAGCUGGCCUGUCCCUUGCCUAUUUCCUGCUUGCUUCAGGGUAGCAACUUGGAGGCGGAAAACCACAAUGAUGAUACACUGUUUAUAUCCUUUUAAGUGACCCAGUGUCCCUCCUGUUUUGCCAGUUCUCACAUUACCACUGCCUCCAGACCUUCCCCCUCAUAACUUGUUUAAAUAGCAGCCAUGAUUCUGUAUCUCCUUUAUCAGCCCAAACCCAAGUGAGUCACUGAGAGCAUUUAGGAUAGGGAAUCUUCACCAUAAGAUUAGUGGCAGGGGGUGGAGGGAUAAGCCCUUAGUUAGGGGCAUUGUUCUAGGGAAAAAAAUCCUUUCAUUUUCAUUUUCAUCAGGUCUUGUAAGGAGUCUACCACCCUCCCCCAAAGGGACUAUGGAUUUAGAGGAUGGCCUGCAGGUGUGUUUUAGAAAAAUAAAAAUAUACUAACAACAAAACAGAAGCUAGAUGUUUUCUUAUGUUCCAAGCAAUUGUUCAGAUAAACCUAGUAUUUGUACAGCCUCUCGUGUCAUUAGGACAGUGACCAUGGCAGUUGUACACGGAUAGCUGUGAUUUCUCCUCAGCUUGGUAGCCUGAAGUCCACGGAAUUAACACUUAAAGCCCAGGACUUUUGCCCUCUUUUGGAUAGAUACGCAGAUGAUCCCUCCUCUACACAAUGAUACUGGGGCACUGUGAUGUGUGGGAUUGGAGUGGGGGUGAGGAAGAGAGGGAUGAGGGCAUAGUUUAAGGAAGAAUAUUCUUUUGUAGUUAUUUUCACUCCUCCCUCUCAGUUAAGUCCUCCUUGGUCUUUGGGGUUUGUAGAGAUGGCUUCUCUGCCUGGGGAGCUUGGGAGGGCCCUACAGAUUCUGGUUUGAAGGUAGUUUCUGCCCUGACAGUCUGGUCAUCCUGUCUUGCUGGGGAUGAGUUUUCAGGGUUUAGAAUAGAGUUGUGAGUUGGCCUGGCCCAGAGUAGCCUCACAUUUCCUUCUCCCUGCAGGAUUUAGGCAGGUAUUAGUGUGGGAUACAGGUUAUUUACAGGGAGGGGAAAGAAUGCAUUUGCUUAUGGUGGUAGGAAUGGGCUCCUUAUUGGCUUGCUUCUUGGCAAAUCUGCGAGCUGAGAUGCGGCCAUGUGGUAGUGCUCAAGCAGUUUGAGCUCCGUGAAGGCUUUCUUGAAAUGGCUCAAGGCUCUUGGAUUCCUUGUGCCUAGAGAUGGAUACCAUAAGGGAUCCAGUUUGGUUCUGAAUUCUCACCCUGCCUUUUUCCAGACUAUCCUAUCCCUGACUUUGUGGUUCCAUAGGAAGUCAUGGUUGUGGUGGUACCAGUGUGGAUGUAUGUGGCCCCAGAAAAGAAUAGAAAGGGGCACAUUCGGGUUCAGGCUUGGAGCUGUACAAUCAGAACCACCUCAAAGGUCACAAGGAAGAACCCUUAGGAGGAGGAGGAGAGACAGCACUUUAGUAUCUUGGCUUUGGCUCUUUUAUUUUUUUCGGUGGGGAGGGGUGGCAUCUGUAGAACUAUGCUCAAUGUUGGCUCAUACUGGAUGGCUCCCCACUGCUAGACAGAAGUCUGCCUCAGACAGAGAACCUGUUUGGGAGAGGGAAGGAAGCAGGAUGGGAUGGUGACCAUGUCCCUUUGCUGGGGCACCAGCUAGAUUAUCUCAGGCCUCCUUUGCAUAGGAGAUCCUUCUGUCAUCUGCUUCGUGUGCUUGCAUCAGCUCCUGAGCUUUUACAAAAUGGGAAACCCUUCACCUGGAGCCCUCAAGAACAGUGCUACUUCAAGUGACAGUCUGCAGUGAGAGGGGAGGAAAACAGCAUACACCGGAGAAGAAUUCAUUGGUUAUCCUUGUGGUCCUUCCUGGAUGUGACCAGCUUCCUUCUUUGGAGUCGGUGGAAAAUUACACCCUGGUCAUAAAUGAUGAUCAUUGUUUCCUCCUCUCUGAGACUGUCUGGGGAGCUCUCCGAGGUCUGGAGACUUUUAGCCAACUAAUUUGGAGAUCUCCUGAGGGCACGUUCUUUAUCAACAAGACCGAGAUUGAAGACUUCCCCCGCUUCUCUCACCGGGGCUUGUUGUUGGAUACGUCUCGCCAUUACCUGCCACUGACUAGCAUCCUGGACACUCUGGACGUCAUGGCAUACAAUAAAUUCAACGUGUUCCACUGGCAUCUGGUCGAUGACUCUUCCUUCCCAUAUGAGAGCUUCACUUUUCCAGAGCUCACCAGAAAGGGGUCCUACAAUCCUGUCACCCAUGUCUACACAGCACAAGAUGUGAAAGAAGUGAUUGAAUAUGCACGGCUUCGGGGUAUCCGUGUGUUGGCAGAGUUUGACACUCCUGGCCACACUCUGUCCUGGGGACCAGGUUUCCCUGGAUUAUUGACUCCUUGCUACUCUGGGUCUCGUCCCUCUGGCACCUUCGGACCAGUGAAUCCCAUUCUCAAUACUACCUAUGAAUUCAUGAGCACAUUUUUCUUGGAGGUCAGCUCUGUCUUCCCAGAUUUUUAUCUUCACCUUGGAGGAGAUGAGGUUGAUUUCACCUGCUGGAGGUCCAACCCAGAUAUCCAGGCCUUUAUGAAGACGAAAGGCUUUGGUAAUGACUUCAAGCAGCUGGAGUCCUUCUACAUCCAGACACUGCUGAACAUCGUCUCUGCCUAUGGCAAAGGUUAUGUGGUGUGGCAGGAAGUGUUUGAUAAUAAAGUAAAGGUUCCUCCAGAUACAAUCAUCCAGGUAUGGCGAGAAGAGGUACCAGUAAAUUAUUUGAAGGAGCUGGAGCUAAUUACUAGAGCCGGCUUGCGUGCCCUGCUCUCUGCCCCCUGGUACCUGAAUCACAUAACUUAUGGCCCUGACUGGAGAGAUCUCUACGUGGUGGAGCCCCUGGAAUUUGAAGGUGGCGCUCAGCAGAAGGCUCUAGUGAUUGGUGGAGAGGCCUGUAUGUGGGGAGAGUAUGUGGACAGCACAAAUCUGGUCCCCAGACUCUGGCCCAGAGCAGCAGCCGUUGCUGAGAGGCUGUGGAGCAACAAGUCGGUGACUAACCUGGACUUGGCCUUUAAACGUCUGACACGGUUCCGCUGUGAGCUGCUAAGGCGAGGUGUCCAGGCCCAACCCCUCAAUAUAGGCUACUGUGAACAGGAGUUUGAACAAACCUGAGCAGCCCCAGGCACUGAAGAGGGUGCUGGCCCUAGGAGAGUGGUAGUGGGGCCAGGCUUCCACUGCAUCCCGGCCGGGGGAUGGAGCCCCUUGCCUACGUGCCCCUGUGCAUGGAGAGAAGGGGGCCAGUGUUGGCACUAGCAUCCAAUAAAGAGUGAUGUGGCUUUUUUCCAUAAUGAA